AGUGAUUGUAUUAUUGCAAGCUAAAACAUAUCAAACUCCGGAAGUUAAGCUUUUUUGGAAAACUUUGAAUCUUUUGCAUAUAGACCAAUAAUUUUUGUAUUAUUUACUUCUGAAAGUAAGCAGACUUGUCGAAAGAUUUUUAUUUCUCUCAGAAGGGUAUGAGCGACUCACGUAACGAGUUCUCCGGGACUAAGGACCUCUUCACUUCAAGUUCGCCGUUUUACCCGGGACCCACGUCAUUUGGCGGUAGUGCAGCUAUUACUCGCGUUGACGACAAUUUUAAGCGUAUCAGAAUACUUGCUUCUGAAAUCAACAAAAAGAUGGAACAGACAACUAAUUCGGAGUCCACCGAGUCGAGGAUCAUGAAACGCCGUCGUCUGUACGCUUUUCUAAAUAGGAAAGAAAUUACGUACAGGAAAUACCGGAAUAUGCAGAAUGAGUCCCGGAUGGGCAUCAUUCAUGAGAUGGAGGAACCACAAAUGCCAGAAACCACAAAUAGGAAGAAACCAGUUGUGCGAACAUUCUACUUCCCGGAGCCUAUACCGCUAAUGCAACAUCAUUCAAAGCGCGAUUUCGUAUUUUCCGAACCAAUUCCUCUGGAUUAGGAUACUUGUUUGGAUGCUAUCAAGGAAUUUUAAAAAUGUAUUUCUGAAUUAUAUAAAUAUUGAAGGUGUUUCUGUAAAUCGGUUAAAGCCACGGUAUACAAAGAAAAUAAAAUAUUUUAG